AUGGAAACACAACAGCCAGAAACAAUCUUGAAUUCUUUAAACGAGGCUCAACGUCGGGCAGUCACAUCAAACUCCCCCACAGUUGCUAUAUUGGCUGGCCCGGGCAGCGGGAAAACACAUACAUUGACAUCUCGUGUCGUAUGGCUUGUGCAACAUGUGGGCUAUCAGCCCGCUGAUGUCAUUGUCGCGACAUUCACCGUCAAAGCUGCACGGGAAAUGAAGGGCAGAAUCGGCAAAAGACUCGGCGAAGAAUGUGAGAAGAAAAUAGUACUCGGAACUUUCCAUUCCAUUGCUCGAAGAUAUCUAGCCGUUUACGGCAAGCGGAUUGGCUUGGACCCCAAAUUCGGAAUUGCUGACGAUGGAGACUCCCGUGCUAUCAUCCAAAGGAUCAUCAAAAGACUUGAUUUGCAGAUUGAACCCGCACACGCCAAAAGCUGGAUUAGCAAGAGGAAGUCCAAGGGCACGACACCAUCACCAAAACAGAAUGGAAAGCGGCCACAUGAGACCCCAGCGCUUAUUGAGUGUUAUACGGCAUACCAGGACCAUCUCGCCAGAUCAAAUCUACUCGACUAUGAUGAUCUGUUGGUUCGAUGCGUUGAGCUUUUGCAAGAGCACCCAUCAUGCGUGUCCAACGUUCAGGCAGUGCUGAUUGACGAGUACCAAGAUACCAACGGCAUUCAAUAUGAUUUGAUGAAGCUGUUUGCACAGGCUCGACAGCGAAUUACCAUAGUCGGAGACCCUGAUCAGAGUAUUUACGGGUGGCGCUCGGCAGAAAUCAAGAAUCUCUAUCGGCUCUUGAGAGACUACCCUGAGACUGACGAGAUAUCAUUGGAAGAGAAUUACCGAUCGUCACAGUUGAUUCUCGACAUGUCGCUGCAGGUUAUUCAGCAGGAUUCAAAGCGAUAUCAGAAAGUCCUUCUACCGGUACAUACUAAGGGUACGAAACCGGUGCUCCGGAGGCUUAAAAGUUCCUCCAGAGAAGGGGAAUGGAUUGUAUCCGAAUUAAAAAGAGUCAUAACAAUGUUUGGAGGGGCGAUAAAGAAUGAAGAUGUGGCGAUAUUGCUACGGUCGGCGUACCUGUCCAGACACAUUGAGUCUGCCCUAGGCAAGGCAGGUAUCUCGUACCGCAUGAUAGGAGGACACAAGUUUUACGAAAGAAAGGAGAUCAAAAUCCUACUCGACUACCUCCGCGUAGUUUACCAGCCAAAUAUGAAUGACGCUGUGGCUAGGAUUAUCAAUGUACCUCGAAGAGGUAUAGGAGAGACUACAAUAAAGUCUCUCCUGGAGAAAGCAGAGAUGUCAAAGCUUAGCCUCUGGGCACUAUUAUGCAGGCACUGCCGUGGAGGCCGACGAGCAACAACGAAACUCCGCCCAAACAUGGAGCAAAAAUUGAACACUGAGCUUCUAAACGUCAUCUCUUCUUUGCGACAAAGAAUGGAGAAUAUUAGUGCAACUAAUCCCGUGUCCCUGGUGGAUUUGAUUGAACAACUGGUGAAUCAGCUAUCCUUCAAAAAGUACCUGGAAGCAGAAUAUCAGGAGGACCACGAACAGCGGUGGGCCAACGUACAAGAACUUCUGAGUUUGGCAAACGACUUUGUGCGUGACUAUGGCAACGAAGAAGAGGAACACGCUCUGCCCGAGAUUGAAAACGUCGAUCAAGUAAAGGAUAAUGAUAUCCUAGGUAAAUUUCUGGCCAAUGUGGCUCUUGCGUCCGACGCCCAGUCGGGUGACAAGGAGCAAGACAAAGCGUCGCAGGUGACAAUAUCAACUAUCCACGCCGCCAAAGGCCUAGAAUGGCCCGUCGUAUUUAUCCCCUCGGUCUACGAAGGAUCAAUACCUCAUUCCCGAGCCGAAGACAUGGAUGAAGAGAGACGAUUACUCUAUGUGGCCAUGACAAGGGCAAAGGCCCUGCUGUAUCUGAGCUGUCCGCUGUAUGGAUCUCAAGGACUGGGCAACAAAGUCGAACUCUCACCAUUUGUCUCGGCAUUUGCCGGGUCCUUUGCACAAAAAGGACCGUCAUUCGAUAGGCCAGUCGUGGAAAGCGUAGGCAGAAUUCUCGGCCGGGUGAUACCAUCCGAGAAAUCAAUCUUCGACAAGAUGCCAAUCAUGUUUUGCCCCGAGGAUGACCAAUAUCCACUUGAUCCUUUCGACCACAAGAAUCCUAAUAAUCUCGAUCCAUAUGAGGAUAACUGGUACGGCAGAGCGCCAAAGAAGCAAAAGAUACAGCAUUGUGUAAAUAAUGGUGGUUCGACACAGGAGAAGCCAUGGAAACCAGAUUAUUCUACAACAAUGGAGCAGUCUUCCGGAUUCACAAUGUCCUCCCUACCUGGAUUCGUUAGUGCAGGCACACAUCGAACGGCUUUAGCAGCAUCUGGCGUCGAGGCAGAGGCGUCACGGAAUGCCGCUGGUAAAGCCGGCUCAAACCGAAGUAUUCAAGGAACCACUAAUCGACGAGCGGACCAAAGAAGCUUGCUUGGAUUUGUGACGACGGAAUCCAGGACACUCGCGACUGCUGCAGGCAUAAAGCCUGCACCAACAGAUUAUUCUCUCGUUCGAUAUCAGGCAGCCGCAUCACGAGCAGCCCACCAAACUCUCCAGCCUGCUGUCAACGUUACCACAAAAGCAACUAUAGACCCAACAUUUGCCAAACACAAGAUUCCAGGUGCCAAACUUAUUUCACGGCCCAAUGUAGUCCAGUCGACGAUGAAAGAACCUUCCGCCAAACGGUACGCCUGUUUUUCGAGCUCCCCCACGCGACCACUUUCACCAGAGCCGCCACAUGAGGAGGGAGAGACAGCUUUGCAGCGCCCAGCAACUGUCUUCCACUCAACAACGUUCACAUCUAUGAAGCCAGCUGGCGGCAUAAGGCGGCCUGUUGGCCUCGGUCCCCCGCCAUCAAUGGAUCGUCUCCGGAAACCAUUCAAGCCUCUCACGAUCAAUCGUCCAAAGGGCCCACCGGGUAAUUCAUAA